AAUUCGGUCAUCUCGAAAUACUAAUACUACGAUUACAAUAAAUUACUACAAAUUGGCGUCGCGAUGGAACUAAAUAACCUGGGAAAAUUUCCUCUUGAUGGUUCUCCGCGGGAGAUUGCUGAUUAUCUUGAAUGCUUCGAUGCGUGGUGCAUUUCAAAGAAUGUUCGGGAUGACAAAAUACCAGCACAUUUCAUUACUGCUAUUGGGCUAGAUGCGUAUAGCCUAGUGAAGACUAUGUCGUUUCCAGAUAAACCAAUUUCUCUGCCAUAUUAUAAACUCCGUGAACUUCUUAUAGAUCACUUCCAUAUAACUACUUUUGAGACGCGAGAAAGGGCUCAGUUCAACAAACUUGCUCGUGCUCCCAAUCAGAAGAUAAGAGACUUUAUUCUUCAACUUCAAAUACAAGCUGCAUACACAACUACGUGAUCGUCUAAUUGCUGGAAUCAAUAUUCCUAAGUUAGAGAAAGAGUUAAUUCAGAUUCCUUCCUGUACCUUUCAAACUGCUAAAGAUUUAUGUAUUACAUAUGAAGAUGUCAACAGUGAAUACUCUGCUCCCACUACGUCAGUAUCUGAUAUCAUGUUGUCCAAAGUCGAAAAUACAAGUGUUCAUGGAAAGAAAUCCAAACUGCCGUCCACAUGUAAUAGAAUGCAGCGAGAGAUUAAAAACAUUAAACCGUGUUUUUCCUGUGGAAAGUUACAUCUACGAAGCACUUACCGUUUUCGGGGUGCUAAGUGUCACAAAUGUGGUAAAGUUGGACACAUCAAGACUGUUUGCAGAAGUUCGAAUACUUAUGUUACUCAGAAUUCUUAUAAUUCUCCCAAUUUGUCUAGUAAAAUGGAGUCAAUGUGUCUUUCAACUUUUCAAAAUACUCAAUCUCAUCCAAUGAAAACCUCCACUACAAGUUCAGCAACUCAAGCGUCAAGUGUACCACGUGUUUUCAACAAUGAGGUAGCCGAGUUACAAUGCGAACUGUCGAAAACACGAGAAGAACUGAAUGAAAUGAAAGAGCAACUGGUUAAAAUGGAGGAAUUGUUGCAUAUGCACAGACUGCGUCUGUUGAAUGCAGAGCAUACAAGUACCCGUGAAAGUCCUGCAAAACUUUUCAAAUCUCGAAUUCUCAAAAAGCAUUUGAUGUCCACGACUUCUAAUGUACAUUAUUACAUAGGGAAUGACUACAGACCUUCUGUCGGAAUCGUACUACAAAAAAUGGGAAAUCGAGUGGUGAAGAUAUUAGACAUCAAAGAUCACUCAGUUCAUAACGGACACCUGGACAAAAAGUGACAAUAAGUGAAGUAGGUCGUUCCAAUUAUAAUAUUAAUAAUUCCGCUACUAAUCCUGAUUUUGUAGAUAAUUCUGAUAUAAGUCCAGAUAACAGUGAUGAAGAUAAUAUCACAGAAUCAGUUAGAAGGUCUCAGCUGCUUGCAAGCAAACCGAGACAUCGUUAUAAAUACGCAAGGAGAUAUUCGACGUGUGGCGGAUGUGGUGAUUGACAAUUUCUAUCUCUGUAUUGUUUAAGUACUUACUGUUGAUUGCUUAUAUGUUUCAUAUAUGAAUUGCAUUAGAAUUCCGCUAAACACAAAUUCCUGAAUUCCGCCCUCUCUGUGUUUUGUUUGGAUUCUUUUAAUUCGGUCAUCUCGAAAUACUAAUACUACGAUUACAAUAAAUUACUACA